ACUAAAGAAAAACCAGGCAAGAUGCCUUUGAAAAAAAACAGCUCGGCUUCAUCGAAGUCACCACCAGCAUUUGGUUUAAUGAUAAAUGAGUGGUUCUGUACCUCAAAGAGCGGCGUUGGAAUCCUCUUUUAUUUUUGAAUAUUAUAUAUAUAUAUAUAACAGGCUAAAAACUAAGACCAUUGCCGCCAUUUAAGGUAGGGGGCCUCUACAAUGGUGGAGCCCCUGCAAGUCUGCGAACUUGGCUAGGUGCUCGUGAAUUCAAUAAAAUCAUAAAACCAUUUUAGAGGAAAAAGGAAAAGGACCAAACUUUUGAAAGCACGAGAAAUUUACAGUAAAAAAGAGCAAAAAGAAAAACCCUGUCCCGUGCUCUGGAUAUAGUUGGCUAAGCUGGCAAUUUUUUCUUCUGCAAACUUUGAACGGUUGCCACUUUGUAUUCAAAAGAUCACUCAAUACAGAAAAAAGAAACACACACACACACCCAAAGUUGAUCUCUGUAUUCAAUCUAUGACUGUGUAUGGCAGAGCUCCAAAAACAAAUCACUUCCUUCGAAAAGAAUUCACCUUUUCUUUUUUACCAUAGCCUUUUUGUAUAUAAUAAGUUAACCUACUGAUGAAAAUAUAAACUAAAAAUCCUCGUUUGUCUCCAAUCUCUGAUUCCCAUUUGCCUCCUCUCUCUCUUACUUUUAUUUUUUUUCCCUUAUUUGAUUCCUCUUUUUUAACAUUCAGGAUUCCUUCUUUUGACUCGCCUAUUUCAAGUUUUCUUUCCUUGGGUUCAUUUAAAUUCGUUUGUUUUGAAAAUUUUGAAGUGAAAGAAAGGAAAAAAAAACAUGGGUGGUGUUAACAAGGUGGAAGUGAUAAACAGCAAAGGUUGUUCAAAGUUGUUUGUUGGGUUCUCAUCUUCGGUGCCAUCAUUUAGAAGUUUCCAAUCGUUUGAACCAAUGUCCCCUGCUUCUACCUCUCUUGGUUCUGAACCGGUUCGAUCCACUGGUCCAUUUUCCGGUCUUGUUAUAUGCGUAACUGGCUUGUCCAAAGAAGCAAGGAAACAAGUAAUGGAGGCUACAGAGAGAUUAGGUGGUCAAUACAGUACCAGUUUACAUCCUCAAUGCACCCAUUUGGUGGUCCAGAGUGUUACUGGACGUAAGUUCGAUCACGCUGUAAAACAUGGAUCGAGAAAUGGUCUAUUCCUUGUUAAACUUGGAUGGUUUGUGGAUAGUGUCAAGAGGAAUGUAAGGUUAAGUGAAUCACUCUACACUGUGAAGGGUGCUGAAGAACAUGCCGCAUGUGUAGAUGAGUUGAAUCGGCUUGCUGGGUCUACUGCUUCUGAAAGCUCAUGUCUUCCUGCCGGUUUUCAUGAAGCAAAGAAACUAGACAUGAUAGGAAAGGCAAAUGUACGGUAUUCUGGAAGAGUCCUCAAUAGAAGUAUGGACUCAGUGUUAUCUGGUCAUACAAUAUACAUCGAUUCUGAUAUUUCAGUUGAACUACGUAAUAAGAUUCUCGAGGCAGCAUCAGAAGAAGGGGCCAUGGCAGUAGAUGGUUGGUUUGUUGGUUGCAGUGCAAGUCAUGUAGUGUGUGAAGGAAACUCUGUACAUCGAUAUAUUGGCAACUCGAACAACAUAGUUACACCAUUAUGGGUCCUGAAAACAGCCGAGGAUAGAAAUUUGCAAAGACUUGUUCACAUGUCUGCUGAUUUGGCCAGGCAAAUUGGGAUACUGCUCGAAAAAUCUCAGAAAGGCAUUGUAGGAGAGGAAAAUAAUGUGGCUAGUUCAACAAUAUCUACUCGGAGCGUUAGAGGGAAUGCAAGUCAUGAAGAGAGGCAACAAAUUGUACAUUUGGCUAAAACGGGGGUUAGAAAUCAUCGCAGUCUCCGUAUGCAGACUUGUCAAAACCCUUUCCGUCCAAUAAGCCCAACCAUUCUUCUGGAGACGGUUUGCUGGUCGAUAUCAGAGCCAACUUCGACUGCCUCUAUUUUUACAGACACUGUUAGCGGCGAAGAUGCUAGUGAGCAUCAGUCUGUAUUCUUUGAUGCAAAUGGUGAUGGCAAGGAUUCUGAGACCUCAUUUACUAACAUAACCCGGUCACUUACAGAAAGUGAGAAAAAUGAGUUGAUAUUCAAGAACCAUUUUCUUACCAUACUAUUUCCAGUUGAUCGAUUUUCUGAAAUGGGGCCUUCAUCACGGACAUAUUUCAGCAAUAAUGGCUUUACAUGUCUGCAGAUUUUGGAUUAUAUAUAUGCUUUUUAUCAGGAGAACAUGUCAGUCCAUGAAAUAGAGGCCGCUAUUCACACAGACUCAAGGCAUGCUGACAGGCUUCGAUCAGCAUACUGUAGCAAAGAGACAAUAGAACAUGGAUAUACGGUUUUCAAACGAAUAGAUUUCCUAGGAAGUCGUAAAAGCUUUGAAAUGUUGAAGCGUGUUAGCGGAGAUAAUAACAGUAAUGUAUAUGAACUCUUGAUUAGAGCCUAAACAUGCCAUUUGCAUUAGAUGCCUUCAUAUACCAAUACCGAAGAUGGUUUCGAAUCUUCAGUUAGCAGCAUCAACAUUUCAACGAAAAAAAAUAGUUACACAUCGUAUUAUGACAUGAUCCUUGUUUAGUUAUAGUGUGUCCGGUGUGAAAGGAAGAGUGAAUGAGCGAACUUAAACUUUGUUUUUCAUAGCUCUAUAUUUAACAUGAUGAAGAUCAGCUUCGUCCUAAAA